AUGGGCUUCUUUGUCUGCCUCGAUGCGCUGCUCUACCAUCUGACUUUUCUUCCUGUCCGCAUUGCCGUGGCCCUGACAACUCUCCCCGGCGCUGUCUGCGGUCUUGGCGCUCCUCUCUCAUCGCAGCAGGCCUGCGAUCUGCUCCGCGGUCUCAUCUUUGCCGCCUGCUUUGCCCUGCUCUCGCUCGUCGACGCCUCGUACGUCUACCAUAUGGUCCGUGGUCAGUCGUCCAUCAAGCUGUACGUCAUUUUCAACUGCUGUGAGAUCUUCGACAAGCUCUGCUGCGCGCUCGGACUCGACAUCCUCGAUACCCUCUUUGGCCUGCUCCGCGCGUCGGUGACCCGCGUGACCGGCGGCCGCCGCGGGCUCUCGGGCCCGCACGAGGUCAUCAUGGCCUUUGGCACUCUGCCGAUCCUAGGCUCGGCUCUCGCGGCUGUCGUUUACGUCGCUAUCCAUGCUGCUGUCCUCUUUACUCUCUCGGUCUCCAUCAACGUUGCCAUCAACUCGUACAACAACGCACUUGUCACCCUCCUCGUCUCCAACCAGAUCAUCGAGCUCAAAAAGUCUGUCUUUAAGCGGUGUGUCAAGGAGAACUUGUUCCAGCUAGCGUGCGCAGACAUUGUCGAGCGCGCUCAGCUGUUCAUCUUUCUUGCUGUCGUCUGUCUCCAGAACCUGGUCCAAGAUGCCCAGGCGAGUUGGGCCGAGUUCCUCGGCCGCACCGGCCGCUCGGUCCUCAUCUUCUGGGCCUCAGAGAUUGUGGUCGACUCUGUUAAGCACUCGUUCAUCUGCAAGUUCAACAAGCUCGACGCCGGCCUCUACUCCAAGUUCUCGUCCAUCCUCUACUCUGACAUCAUCAACGGCCGGCUGCCGGCCUCUCAGCCGUCGGCCAAGCCGCACCACGCCGUCUCGCACCGCAUCGGCUUUGUUCCCAUCCCGCUCGCUUGCCUCUUCCUUCACACCAUUUCCCGUGUCCUUCCGCUGGCCCAUCUUCCGCGCUGGUCGCCGUAUUGGCUCGCCGUCGUCGUCACGUGCUACCUCAACCUGGUAGCCCUCAAGAUCCUGGUCUCCAUCUGCCUCCUCGGCCGCGCUGCUGUCCGCCACGCCAAGUCGCUCGAUGCCCAGACGGCAGCUCUUGCUUCCAUGCGAUCCAAGGCCACACCUUACGCCACCCCGCCCGCUUCGACCCUGUGCUCGCUGCCGACUCGCCCGCAGCUUGCUGCUGCUACUGCUGCUGCCGCUGCCGCUCCUAGUUCUGCUGCCACCUUUACCGCUCCGACCGAUGCUGAAUCGGCUGCCGCGAGUUCGUCUACUAACUCGCACCCGCCGCUCCCGGAUCGGGUUCUUUCGGCCUCAUCCGAGGACCUCACCGACAUCCAGCGGUACACCCUGUUUGGCCGCCGCCUGGUGUAG